AUGCACUCUGGCGAUGUGCCGCUGAGACUUCUUUCGCUCCUGGCAUUGUUCCUGCCACUGCCGGGAUCCUUGGCUUCGGAGCCCGACUCCGCCUACUUCCUCGGCGCCAGCGAGGCCAAUGAUUCCAAGAGGAUCUCGGAGAAGGGAGAGGUCGACGAAUUUCUGUCCAAGUUCCUGUCGCCUGACUCAAGCAUGAGCACCAUGCUGGCAGUGUAUCGCCCCUGGUCAGUCUACAAACAAAGCCACCUGACCGUGGCACGUGCACUGCACACGUGGCUGCGGCCUACUGCUCCGACUAUUGCAGUUUACGAGUGCCACAACUGGGAGCCUGACAACGCCCUCUUGCGUGAAUGGCUACGCCGCAACGUACCAGACAUCUGGCCUGGCAAGUACAUGUCGCUGAUGCUUCGCGUGCAGGGCGGCCGGGUGGUUCGAGGCUCCACGCACGCCGCACAAGCGACGAAGUGCCCACACUGCUUGCUGAGGACGCUGUACGGGGAGGGUGAGCACAACCUACCGAAGUCCGACGACGCCAGCUGCGCGCCUGCGAGCUAUCUCCACGACGGUGUGUCGUGGACUGGGGACUGGAGCUGUUCCAGUGUCACUGAGCUUUAG